UGGCUAUGAAACCUGGGCUCGCCCUGGGCGGCUACUGAAGCUGGUUGCGUCACGUGACUCAUCACCACAGAGUUCGCAAUCAAUUACCGUGAGCAGCAUAAUUCAGAGACAUGCAACGAUGCUGAUCGACGCGAUUGGAGUCGGCGAGCGAGCCUAAAACCAGAAAGGAUCGAUAACAUUGAUGGGGGGCAGUUGGGCGAGAUCAGGAUCAGACUUUCCCGCAACAGCUCGGCUGAAACACUUCUUGGAGCCUCCUUUCUCCUUAUAUCAUCACCGUUCUACAAAAACCCCCAGCCGCUGAAGAUCGCAGCCAUUGAAUUAGAGCCUCGAAAUACGAUAUCAAGGCGAACCAAGAGUUUGGAAUGGGAAGGAAUGUAGGCUUGGCUGAGGCUGGCAGGUUCUUUCCACCGGCAAAGGUGUGAUGGUGGAUGUCAAUGGAUGAUAACUGAAAGGUUGCUGAAAAUUGAAGCUCAGAAUGCCACGAAUGCGGGAAUACAUUGAUUGAAUUCAGAUCAUGAAUGGAAAGUCAAAUCCAAUGGAAUAAGUGCUAUCAAAUGAAGUUGAUGCAGGACGAUGGAUUAGAGUUUGGGCAGAGGUUAGAUCCUUCGCCUAAGCCCAAUUUCGGCCAAGCGAACCUAGGAGUCUGAGGAAACGACCUCAGAACCUCGAUAAGCAGCUUUCAGUCACGAUCACAAGACCCAAUCACUCUAAGCAGUCGAUUGAACCACCUAGCAAUCCUAAAGUCUAGGCAUGGCCUCGUCUCAACACCUCGCCUCAAUCAGAGCCACACAGCGAGCACCCAGAAGCUGCGUCACAUGCGCCAGAAGAAGGGUGAAAUGCGAGAAGAAAAUCCCAUGUCGAGAGUGCAUCAGUCGGGGCAUCGAGGCAUCGUGCAAGAGAGAGACCGUCAAAGUCAAAGGCAAGAUCCUAGUCAACGUCGAAAAGUCUACGAGUCAAGAGACCCAACCAACAUAUCAACAACUGCUUGAAGAAAAUGAACGUCUCAGAGCUCAACUUGCACGCCCGGCUAUCUCGCUCCCUAACAAUGAGAGGUGUUCUGGAGCUGUGAGGAAUAUCACGGAGAAUUUUGAGCGAGAUCUUUUCCAGACGGUUAAACUCCUGAAGAGGAAAUCGACGGUGUCGACGGAGAGUGAUGUAAUAUGGCCUACUCCAGAAUGCGCUGCUAGUGUUAUUUCGUUUGGCAAGUUAUGGACUUCGUGGAUCCAUUGUGCUAUUCACCAUCCCACUUUUGAGAAGGAAUGCGAUGGGUACUGGCGACUUGGAUAUCACGCGCAAGGAGACGAAGUUGAGAAUAGUCUUUGGCUGUCCGUGUAUUUUGCAAUUCUUAGCUCUGCAUUGCUAUUUAUGGACGAAGCUGAAGCUGUGGAAUCUGGAAUCGCUGCAGGCGACGUGAGGUUGAAAGUUCUCCACUGGUACGAUGCGUCACUGUUCUACUUAUACAAAGGAGACUUCCUCCGCAAUCACAACGUGUGCACCGUACAGACUGUCGCAAUCCUCGGCAUUGUGUUCAACAAUGUCGGAGAUUCAGACCUACACUACUCCCUCUGGGGAGCCGCCAUACGCAUUGCCCAAGUCUUAAAGAUGGGAAAUGACACAGACAACGCCAAUGAUGAUCCCGUCCAGCAACAGGUCCGUCGAAGACUAUGGUGGACCUUGGUACUCUGCGAAUGGCUUCCAGUGCCCUACAGAACACCGUGCAUCCUAGAAGCAGACUUCAAGAUCGAAUUACCAGCUUCGCUACACGAAGACGAAUACCUGACCGGAAGACGCGACGGACUCCCCCAACCAGACCUAAUCGACUACCACAUCGCCAUGAGCCAAAUCGCCAUCCACUACCACCGCUUCCGCUUCGCCCUCCGCCACAGCAAAGGCACUCUAGACGACAUUUUCCCGUUGGUAAUCAGCGCCGACGAAGCCCUCGCGACCUUCAUAGCACAACUCCCAGCACAUCUACAGCCCGAAGACCCCGAUCAGAUCGUCUGCACGUCCACUGAUAAAGACCCCUGGAUGUGCUGGCAGCGAGGGAAUCUCUGCGUUGUGCUUCUGUAUUAUAGGAUCGUUAUCAAUAGAGUCUUGCAGGACCAGUGGAUACACGACCCUGCUACUUUCGCGCGCACGAGAUCGAUAUGUCUGAGCUCGGCGAGGGGGAUUAUCAAAAUGACGAAGGCGUAUACACAACCUAUUGCACGACAUCGGCCUUGGCCAACCUCCUUCCACCUCUUCUCAGCCGCGAUCGUCCUUCUCGUCGAAGUUCGAUUCCAUCCCGGCGACGCACAUGACCACUACAUGAGCGAUAUCAAAUCCUGCGUGGCUUUCCUGGAUGAGAUUAAAGACCAGAGUACGGUGGCUUCUCGAGCGGCUGAGAUUCUGAGAGAGCAGAUACGGGAUUAUGAGCUUGAGGUUUCUUGAACUGGGGUGCUUCUCGUUGGUUCUCGGACUGGUUGUUUGUGUGUUGUUGUUUAACGUACUUCAAUAGUACUGCUCGGCUGCAGAAGGGAAUCAGACGGUCCUCAGGAAAAGGUGAUUUGGGGUCGAGCUUUGGAUGCGGCGGAUGAGAGGCAGCUUGUUUGCGAGCUUAUAUUGUUGAAAGACUUCUCCCCAUAUGGAGAGGGUCAUGAAAUUGAGGCUUCCUAUGAUAUUUAAAAAGGCUCGGGUUUAUGAUGGCUUGCAAGGUGGAUGACAGGUAUAUCUUUAGACGAAAAACGAGUGCGUUCAUUACGGCGUCGUCGGCGUUUGGCUUGAAUGAGGGGGGGGGGUGGGGGGGGGGUUCGACCAACUUGAUCACAAUCAUCAAGCAAAUUCCCUGCUGCUUCGAGUUAACGCACCGCGGUUCUUGAAGUAUCAUCAAAUUAACAAAUGACUUAGGCACACAAUACUUGCCAGGCAUCAAACCCACCUCAUCUCAACUUACUCAACUCAACCAUCUAGUCUCUGCAAUCAACACAUCUACAUCAAUAUAUUAUAUAUACUUGACCGAUUUUCUACUACCCAAGAGUAUCAACUAAAUAGAGUUCCAUAAACCCCAAAUCCCAUCAUCAUCUCAUUGGAUUUGCAUAACAUCGUCGCCUAUGACGAGGAAGAGAUUCCGACUCAACAGCCCUGGCUACUGGCCCUUGGGAAUGGUUGGAUGUGAAGGUGUUGUUGAGGGAUGAGGAGUGGUUUGAUAGGGUCAAAGAUGAGAAGUGAG